GCUGCGGGAGAGAGCUCGAUGGGCCGCGGCGGUGGGCGCACGAUCUGCGGGGACUCAUGCCACGCGCGUCCCGGCCCGGCGCGCAAUUAGUAGCCGCCUCCGCAGUCCGCAGCCGCCGCCUUCUCGCCUUCCUGGGCUGCCGCGGCGAGAAGCUGCAGUCCUUGCCUUGCACCGGCUGCCGGCAUUGUCCUCCCGCUCCGCCGCCCAGGCUGCCGCUGCUGCCGUGGGCUGCUGCGGGGCCCCGGACCCGCACCGCAGGGACGCGCUGCCGCCGCCGGUCGGCCCCCAGUCCCCGCUUGGUGAUUUCCGCGUCCUGCGCUCCUUUGCCAUCCUCUCCUUAGUUUUUCCUGCGGAGCUGAGGACGGGGAGAAGUCCAGCCGCCAAACCCAGCCUUCCUCCGGCGUGCAGCCCCGACGGGGCCGCGGCAGGCGCGUCAAGAGCGCCGACGGAGCCAUGAGAGAGUACAAAGUGGUGGUGCUGGGCUCGGGCGGCGUGGGCAAGUCCGCGCUCACCGUGCAGUUCGUGACCGGCUCCUUCAUCGAGAAGUACGACCCCACCAUCGAGGACUUCUACCGCAAAGAGAUUGAGGUGGACUCGUCGCCGUCGGUGCUGGAGAUUCUGGACACGGCGGGCACGGAGCAGUUCGCGUCCAUGCGGGACCUGUACAUCAAGAAUGGCCAGGGCUUCAUCCUCGUCUACAGCCUUGUUAACCAGCAGAGCUUCCAGGACAUCAAGCCCAUGCGGGACCAGAUCAUCCGCGUGAAGCGGUACGAGCGCGUGCCCAUGAUCCUGGUGGGCAACAAGGUGGACCUGGAGGGCGAGCGCGAGGUUUCGUUCGGCGAGGGCAAGGCCCUGGCCGAGGAGUGGAGCUGCCCCUUCAUGGAGACGUCGGCCAAAAACAAAGCCUCGGUGGACGAGCUGUUCGCUGAGAUCGUGAGGCAGAUGAACUACGCGGCUCAGCCCAACGGCGACGAGGGCUGCUGCUCGGCCUGCGUGAUCCUCUGAGGCGCCCGCGGCUGCCGCGCGCCGGCCUCGCUCUGCGCACAAAAGCCAAACGCACCCGACUCUUCUAAAUGUGAUUUCUCUUCUUGCUUUGAGAUUGGAGACGACUUUGCAUCAGCCGGGGUAUCCCGGGAGCCCGGCUGGCCGCCGUGGCCGCGUCCUCUGCCCCGUGUGCGAGGGGGUGUCCCGUCAUGACCAUCCGAGAUCCGGUGGAAAUGUGGCUUUUUGCAGCAUGUACGUUUCUCAUUGAUUUUGGUUGACGCAUAUUUCCCCAUUGAAGCAGCCGUUGCGGCGCAGUAUGGCAGCUUGACACCGGCAAGCGAAAGUUUCAGCCUGGAAAAAAAAUGGGGUGGGGGAGGAAGAGGAUGGGGAGAAGGUGGAAAAGGGGGAAUUCUUUUUUUUUUUUUUUUUUUUUUCAACAACCGUUUUUCUAGUUCCAAGUUUUAAAUACACGGAAGGAAGUCCGGGAGAACCAAAUGUGAAGGAGCAGGAUGAGCGGAAGAAACUUUUGUUUUUUCCUUGUUUUCCAGGAGUAGCUGGAAAUUAAGAUCGGGUUUCUUUUCUGCCAGCUUGGAAGGGCAACCCCGUGACUGCGAUUCUGAGGCUGUCUAUGCAAAGUUGGAUUCUUGUCACAGUGUAUCCAAUCUGAAGUAUUGCACAUCUGAACUGGGACUGUUAACACUGAUGCCAAUACAGUGUGGGGUGCCAGAAAAUGUCUGCUGAUAUUUGUGGAAAAAAAAAAAUCUAUUUUGUUUACCUACUGUAUCAAAGGGGAGUCUGGGGGAAGAACGGUAGUAUUUUUUUUUUUAAUCAGCUGUGAAAAAAAAUGUUACAGAUCUGCACAUUUUUGUGUGUACUGUUGUGUGUGUGUGUGUUUGGUUUUUUAGAUUUAGCUUUUUUGUUCUUAUUGGUUGGCAGUAACAUGGUGUUGAUGACUAGCUCUUUAAAAUACAGUACAAGGACUUCACAAAUGUGAUUCAGGGCCCCCAGCACCCCUGUGUCUGCAGAGUGCCUUCAAGACUCAGCUGUUCCAGCCGGUGCCAACCUGUGAACUUCCCACCAGAUUCCCCCAAACCACUUCCCAGUUUCCUUUCAGCAAUCUUCCUGAAGGAGCCAGGACAAUAGGGCCUGUUGUUUGGUGAAUUUCUUUUAUUUUUUUCCUUUAAAAUGUAAUUUACUUGUCUUGCAAUGGUUUUUUUUUUUUUUUUUCCUUUUUAAAAUUUUUUGCUUUAUUUUGUUUCAAUGUUCAGGUAUUUAGCUCCCCUUUUAUAUUAAUUUUUUUUAAAUGUUUGGUUUUCUGUUAUAGGGUGUUCCUCCAGAAGCAAAGAGCAAAAUUUUACUGUUGUGAUGUACUGAGAGAAUUCUAACCAUUUGUAAUUUCUAAUUCCAGACACACGUUUAAUCAUUGUCUCUUCAUUUUAAGAUUUUUAAUACAAACAUCAUUUUUAAAGAAACAAAUCCAAACUAUUCUUUGUGUUUCUGUGUUUCCUAUUCAGUGAUUUAAUAUAGUAUCAUGAUUGAGGUGGACAGGGGCAGGUACAUGGUGUCCUCAAGAGUGGUUUGUCGAACUUUGAAGAGAGAAGUGUCUCAGUGACAAGUUGGGUGACAUUACUCCCAACUCCUUAAAUAAUGGAAAAAAAUCAUCAAGGUCUAGGAAGCCCUGGGGUAUGGUGAUAACCCUCUGACUAUAAGAUGAGCUGGAUAUUGAAUCUGUUCUCCUGACUUGGAGCAGUUUAUUUCUCUAGGAAGGGGAGAAACCAACUGCUAAGACUGCCUUAGAUCUGGGAGAGUAACCAUCCACCUGGUCAGACAGGGUAGUGCUUUUAAUUUUCUUUUUUUCUUUUUCUUUCUUCCUUUCUUCUUCUUUAGUUUAGUUUUGUUUUGUUUAAAACACCUAUCCAGUUGAAAGCAUGUUUGGGGAAGGUGAUUUUCAAUUCUGAAGUCAUACCUUGUAGUGUUUUCUGCAGUACAUUUGUAUGGGUUGUGGACAGUAUCUCAACCCUUUUGAGGCUUUGAUUAGGAAAUAGAUCAUUAGAUGAAAGAAGAAGAGAAAAAGAAAAAACUAAGACAAGCCUCUUGCUCUCAUUACACUGUGCAGUUUGUGGACCAUUCUGACCUCAUGAAAUUUUCCUUCUAACAGCAGGAGGCAGUGUGAGCUUUUUAUUUUGUAUUUUAUUUUUCCUAAGGGCCGCUUUACUAAUAUAAUUACCAUAGACUAAAAGAAGGUGUACAACUAUAUAUAUCAAGAGCACUUGAUAUAUCUUAGGUCCGUGAAGUGUAGAUGAAGUCUUCGGAAGGGUCUUUUUGACAAAGGGAUUUAUUCUGUUGAGGAAACCAAAAGAGGCCACAGGUUUUUUGAAAGCUGUAUUAACAUAUCUUGCCUUAAAAUGUUGUGUCCUUUGCCCAGGUGACAUCUCAGAAUUCCAGCAUGGAGGAGGGAUAGGGUAUUCUGCCUGGGUUUGGUCCUAAGGCCGUUUUUUUCACUCUUGAUCUCACUUAAGUUUAGCACCAAACUCAGAAGGCAAUGUAUAUGUGCUAAAUAUAGAAAUUAGGAGAAAUUAUUCAAACUUAGGCUUUGCAAAGAUUCAUUCUUGCAUUUGUGUAAAUUUAGUUGAUUCAGUAGAUCUAAAGUGUUGAAAAUUCUGAAGACAUAUAUCAAGUACUAUAUAAAGGAUUCUUUAAAAGGCAUUUAGUGGCUGUUUCUUAUAGUUUUGUUUUGGUUUUUUGGAAGCCUUUUGACAUAAAAUGCUGGCAAGUAUCUAACUAACUUAAGAAAUGUAUAUACUCCUGACAGGGAAUUUUUGAAAAUGGGAAAUUGGAAAUGAAAUAGGUUGCUGGAUGCAUUAAUCAUCUUCACACAGGAUUUAGUCACUUACAUGACUAAAUUCUUUAUAGGUCUGGGAUGGCAAGGCAGAAGAUUUUAAUAUACUUUUACUGAAUACUGUAAAAUAAAUGCUUUUUGGAUUC